AUGAGUUCAGAUGCUGAGAUGGCUGUUUUUGGGGAGGCCGCUCCUUACCUCAGGAAGUCUGAGAAGGAGCGGAUUGAAGCCCAGAACAAGCCUUUUGAUGCGAAGAACUCUGUCUUUGUUGCGGAGCCCAAGGAAUCCUAUGUGAAAAGUGUCAUCCAGAGUAGGGAAGGGGGAAAGGUGACAGUGAAGACUGAAGCUGGAGCGACUCUGACAGUAAAGGAAGAUCAAGUUUUCUCCAUGAACCCUCCCAAAUAUGACAAGAUUGAGGAUAUGGCCAUGAUGACUCAUUUGCAUGAGCCUGCUGUCCUGUAUAACCUCAAAGAGCGUUAUGCAGCCUGGAUGAUUUAUACCUACUCAGGGCUCUUCUGUGUCACUGUCAAUCCCUACAAGUGGCUGCCAGUGUACAACCCAGAGGUGGUGACUGCCUACAGGGGCAAAAAGCGUCAAGAGGCCCCUCCCCACAUCUUCUCCAUCUCUGACAAUGCCUAUCAGUUCAUGCUAACUGACCGGGAGAACCAGUCAAUCUUGAUCACCGGAGAAUCUGGUGCUGGAAAGACUGUCAACACCAAGCGUGUCAUCCAGUACUUUGCAACAAUUGCAGUGACUGGGGAAAAGAAGAAGGAAGAGCCAACUCCUGGAAAGAUGCAGGGGACCCUUGAAGAUCAAAUUAUCAGUGCCAAUCCCCUACUGGAGGCCUUUGGCAAUGCCAAGACAGUGAGGAAUGACAAUUCUUCUCGCUUUGGUAAAUUCAUUAGGAUUCAUUUUGGCACCACAGGGAAACUGGCUUCUGCUGAUAUUGAAACAUAUCUAUUAGAGAAGUCCAGAGUUACCUUCCAGCUCAAGGCUGAAAGAAGCUAUCAUAUCUUUUAUCAGAUCAUGUCCAACAAGAAGCCAGAGCUUAUUGAGAUGCUUCUGAUCACCACCAACCCAUAUGACUAUGCCUUUGUCAGUCAAGGGGAGAUCACUGUUCCCAGCAUCGAUGACCAAGAAGAGCUAAUGGCUACUGAUAGUGCUAUUGAUAUCCUGGGUUUCACUAAUGAUGAAAAGGUGGCCAUUUACAAACUAACAGGAGCUGUCAUGCAUUAUGGGAACAUGAAAUUCAAGCAGAAGCAACGAGAGGAGCAGGCUGAGCCAGAUGGCACAGAAGUUGCUGACAAGGCUGCCUACCUUCAAAAUCUGAAUUCUGCUGAUCUUCUUAAAGCCCUUUGCUACCCUAGAGUGAAGGUCGGCAAUGAAUUUGUCACCAAAGGCCAGACUGUGCAGCAGGUAUACAACGCUGUGGGUGCCCUGGCUAAAGCUGUCUACGAGAAGAUGUUCCUGUGGAUGGUCACUCGUAUCAACCAGCAGCUGGACACCAAGCAGCCCAGACAGUACUUCAUUGGAGUCCUGGACAUUGCUGGCUUUGAGAUCUUCGAUUUCAACAGCCUGGAGCAGCUGUGCAUCAACUUCACCAAUGAGAAACUGCAACAGUUCUUCAACCACCACAUGUUCGUGCUGGAGCAGGAGGAGUACAAGAAGGAAGGCAUUGAGUGGGAGUUCAUUGACUUUGGGAUGGACCUGGCUGCCUGCAUUGAGCUCAUUGAGAAGCCAAUGGGCAUUUUCUCCAUCCUGGAAGAAGAGUGUAUGUUCCCCAAGGCAACAGACACUUCUUUCAAGAACAAGCUGUAUGAACAACAUUUGGGGAAAUCCAACAACUUCCAGAAACCCAAGCCUGCCAAAGGGAAGGCUGAGGCCCACUUCUCCUUGGUGCACUAUGCUGGCACUGUGGACUACAACAUUGCAGGCUGGCUAGACAAGAACAAGGAUCCCCUGAAUGAAACCGUGGUUGGGCUCUACCAGAAAUCCUCAAUGAAAACUCUGGCCUUACUUUUCGUUGGAGGACCUGGUUCUGAAGGUAAGGGUGGUGGUGCAAAGAAGGGUGGAAAGAAGAAGGGUUCUUCUUUCCAGACGGUAUCAGCUCUUUUCAGGGAGAAUUUAAAUAAGCUGAUGACCAACCUUAGAAGUACUCACCCUCAUUUUGUACGGUGUAUCAUUCCCAAUGAAACUAAAACGCCUGGUGCCAUGGAACAUGAACUUGUCCUGCAUCAGCUAAGGUGUAAUGGUGUGCUAGAAGGAAUCAGAAUCUGCCGGAAAGGAUUUCCAAGCAGAAUCCUUUAUGCUGACUUCAAACAACGGUACAAGGUUUUAAAUGCAAGUGCUAUUCCAGAGGGACAGUUCAUUGACAGUAAGAAGGCUUCUGAGAAACUUCUUGGAUCCAUUGAUAUUGACCACACCCAGUAUAAAUUUGGGCACACCAAGGUCUUCUUUAAAGCUGGUCUUCUGGGAACCCUAGAGGAGAUGCGAGAUGACAAAUUAGCUCAACUCAUCACACGCACUCAAGCCAUAUGCCGAGGCUACUUGAUGAGGGUGGAAUUCAGGAAAAUGAUGGAAAGGAGAGAGUCCAUCUUCUGCAUCCAGUACAAUGUCCGUGCCUUCAUGAAUGUCAAGCACUGGCCCUGGAUGAAGCUAUAUUUCAAAAUCAAGCCUCUGCUCAAAAGUGCAGAGACAGAGAAGGAGAUGGCCAACAUGAAGGAAGAGUUUGAGAAAACCAAAGAAGAGCUUGCCAAGUCUGAGGCUAAGAGAAAGGAACUGGAAGAAAAGAUGGUGGCUCUGACACAAGAGAAAAAUGACCUCCUUCUCCAAGUGCAAUCAGAAGCAGAAGGUCUGGCCGAUGCUGAGGAAAGAUGUGACCAGCUAAUAAAAACCAAAAUCCAACUUGAGGCUAAAAUCAAGGAAGUGACUGAAAGAGCUGAGGACGAGGAGGAGAUCAAUGCUGAACUGACAGCCAAGAAGAGGAAACUGGAGGAUGAAUGUUCAGAGCUCAAGAAAGACAUUGAUGACCUUGAGCUGACACUAGCCAAGGUGGAAAAGGAGAAACAUGCUACAGAGAACAAGGUGAAAAACCUCACAGAGGAGAUGGCAGGGCUGGAUGAAAACAUUGCUAAGCUCACCAAAGAGAAGAAAGCCCUCCAAGAGGCCCACCAGCAGACUUUAGAUGACCUGCAGGCAGAGGAGGACAAAGUGAACACAUUGACUAAAGCCAAAACCAAAUUGGAACAGCAAGUGGAUGAUCUUGAAGGAUCAUUGGAACAAGAAAAGAAACUCCGCAUGGACCUAGAGAGAGCAAAGAGGAAACUAGAAGGUGACCUAAAGUUGGCCCAAGAAUCCACAAUGGAUAUUGAAAAUGACAAAGCACAACUUGAUGAAAAAUUAAAAAAGAAAGAGUUCGAAAUGAGCAACCUGCAAAGCAAAAUUGAAGAUGAACAAGCAUUGGCCAUGCAAUUGCAGAAGAAAAUCAAGGAGUUGCAGGCCCGCAUUGAAGAACUGGAGGAGGAAAUCGAGGCAGAACGCGCCUCUCGGGCUAAAGCUGAGAAGCAGCGAUCUGAUCUCUCCAGGGAACUCGAGGAGAUCAGCGAGCGCCUGGAAGAAGCUGGCGGGGCCACUUCAGCUCAGAUUGAGAUGAACAAGAAGCGAGAGGCUGAAUUCCAGAAGAUGCGCAGGGACCUUGAAGAGGCCACCCUGCAGCAUGAAGCCACAGCGGCCACUCUGCGGAAAAAGCACGCAGACAGUGUAGCUGAGCUUGGGGAACAAAUCGACAACCUGCAGAGGGUCAAGCAGAAACUGGAGAAGGAAAAGAGUGAAUUGAAGAUGGAGAUUGAUGACCUUGCUAGUAACAUGGAGUCUGUCUCCAAAGCCAAGGCAAAUCUUGAAAAAAUGUGCCGCACCCUGGAAGACCAGCUUAGUGAAAUAAAAACCAAGGAAGAAGAACAACAACGCCUCAUCAAUGACCUGUCAGCUCAAAGAGCACGCUUACACACAGAAUCAGGUGAACUUUCACGUCAGCUUGAUGAAAAAGACUCUUUAGUUUCUCAGCUGUCAAGAGGCAAACAAGCGUUUACCCAACAAAUUGAGGAACUCAAGAGGCAGCUUGAAGAGGAGACUAAGGCAAAAAAUGCUUUGGCCCAUGCCCUGCAGUCAGCCCGCCAUGACUGUGACUUGUUACGGGAACAAUAUGAAGAGGAGCAGGAAGCCAAGGCUGAACUACAGAGGUCAAUGUCCAAGGCCAACAGUGAGGUCGCCCAGUGGAGGACCAAAUAUGAGACAGAUGCCAUUCAGCGCACAGAGGAGCUGGAGGAGGCCAAAAAGAAACUAGCCCAACGCCUACAAGAUGCUGAGGAACAUGUGGAAGCUGUGAAUUCCAAAUGUGCUUCCCUUGAAAAGACCAAGCAGCGGCUGCAGAAUGAAGUGGAGGACCUCAUGAUUGACGUAGAGCGGUCCAAUGCUGCCUGCGCUGCUCUGGAUAAAAAGCAAAGGAAUUUUGACAAGGUGUUGUCAGAAUGGAAACAGAAAUAUGAGGAAACUCAAGCUGAGCUCGAAGCUUCCCAGAAGGAGUCCCGGGCUCUCAGCACAGAGCUGUUCAAGAUGAAGAAUGCCUAUGAGGAAUCCUUGGAUCACCUGGAAACCCUGAAGCGAGAGAACAAGAACUUGCAGCAGGAGAUUUCCGACUUAACUGAGCAGAUUGCAACAGGGGGGAAGCAGAUCCAUGAACUGGAGAAAAUAAAGAAACAAAUUGAGCAAGAAAAGGGGGAACUUCAGGCUGCUCUGGAGGAAGCCGAGGCUUCACUUGAGCAUGAAGAAGGAAAAAUUCUGCGCAUCCAACUUGAGUUAAACCAGGUGAAGUCUGAAAUUGACAGGAAGAUCGCUGAGAAGGAUGAGGAAAUUGAUCAGCUAAAGAGGAACCAUCUCAGAGUUGUGGAGUCCAUGCAGAGCACCCUGGAUGCUGAGAUCAGAAGCAGGAAUGAUGCUCUGAGGAUAAAGAAGAAGAUGGAGGGAGACCUGAAUGAAAUGGAAAUCCAGCUGAAUCAUGCCAACCGCCAAGCUGCAGAGGCCCUGAGGAAUCUGAGGAAUACACAAAGUAUCCUGAAGGACACCCAAUUGCAUUUGGAUGAUGCCAUCAGAGGCCAAGAAGACCUUAAGGAGCAGUUGGCAAUGGUUGAGCGGAGAGCUAACUUGAUGCAGGCUGAGAUUGAAGAGCUAAGAGCUUCUCUAGAACAGACUGAGAGGAGCAGGAAGAUAGCUGAACAAGAACUUCUGGAUGCUAGCGAGCGUGUGCAACUCCUACACACCCAGAACACCAGCCUCAUCAACACCAAGAAGAAGCUGGAAACAGACAUUUCCCAAAUCCAGGGUGAGAUGGAAGAUGUGGUUCAGGAAGCCCGGAAUGCAGAAGAGAAGGCCAAGAAGGCUAUCACUGAUGCAGCCAUGAUGGCUGAGGAGCUGAAAAAGGAGCAGGACACCAGUGCCCACCUGGAGAGGAUGAAGAAGAACAUGGAGCAGACCGUGAAGGACUUGCAGCACCGCCUGGAUGAAGCUGAGCAGCUGGCCCUGAAAGGAGGAAAGAAGCAGAUCCAGAAACUGGAGGCCAGAGUUCGUGAGCUUGAAAACGAAGUUGACAAUGAACAGAAACGCAACGUUGAAGUUGUGAAGGGCCUACGUAAACAUGAGAGACGAGUGAAGGAACUCACUUAUCAGACUGAGGAAGACCGUAAGAAUGUCCUCAGGCUUCAGGACCUAGUAGACAAAUUACAAACCAAAGUGAAAGCAUACAAGAGACAAGCUGAAGAGGCGGAGGAACAAUCCAAUGUCAACCUCUCCAAAUUCCGCAAGAUCCAGCAUGAGCUGGAGGAGGCUGAGGAAAGGGCUGACAUUGCUGAAUCCCAGGUCAACAAACUUCGGGUGAAGAGUCGGGAGGUCCACACAAAGAUUAUAAGUGAAGAGUAA